ACCUCGCUCGAAGCUCACUACUUCAGAUACCAACACCCUGUUUUCCUUCAAUCUUUUCAAAGACACCCUAAGCCCCCCUACCAAAAUGCGCGGAAAGGUUACCAUCGAGGAAGCCUUCGAGAUCCCGUCCAACGAGGAUCAGAGCCGUGACCAAGCCGCCAUCUAUGUGGCGCCCGAUGAUCUGGAGCGGUACCUGCGGCAGAUCAAGUCGAUCACGGGCGAGCGGCUGAAGAUUUCGGACGACAACGGGAUCGGGUACACGGUGCUGUCGCUGACCGUGCCGGGCAUCCAGGGGAUCCGGGACCAGGGGAAGGCGGAGUCGCACGCGCGCGAGGUGAACAACUACAUCGCGGACAAGAUCAAGGACCACCGCGACCGGCUGGGGGCGUUUGCGGCGCUGUCGAUGCACGACCCGGCGCAGGCGGGCAAGGAGCUGCGGCGCUGCGUCAAGGAGCUGGGCUUCCACGGGGCGCUGCUGAACGACGUGCAGCACACCAACGAGCGCGGCCGCUGCUUGUACUACGACCAGCCCGAGUACGACGAGUUCUGGCGCGUGGCCGUCGAGCUGGACGUGCCCAUCUACCUGCACCCGGCGGCGCCCACUGGCGAGAACUACAAGGAGCACUACGAGGCGCGCAAGUACCUGGUCGGCCCACCCCAGAGCUUCUGCAACUCGGUCGCCCGUCACACCAUGGGCCUCAUCACCAACGGCGUCUUCGACCGCUUCCCCAACCUCAAGCUGAUCCUCGGCCACCUCGGCGAGCGCAUCCCCUUCGACUUCUGGCGCGCCAAUCACUGGAUCAACGACGUCGAGCGGCCCCUCGCCAAGAAGAACGGCGACACCAUGUGCGAGCGCGACGUCCUCCACUACUUUAAAAACAACAUCUACGUCACCACCAGCGGCCACUUCAGCACCAACACCCUCCGCUACGUCGCCGAGGAGAUCGGCGUCGACCGAAUCAUGUUCAGCGUCGACUACCCCUACGAGAAACUCGAAAACGGCUGCGGCUGGUUCGACAACAACGCCGACGAGCUCAAAAAGGUCCUCGGAGGCCGCGAUGGCUACCUCCGUGUCGGCAGGGAUAACGCCAAGAACGUCCUCAAGCUGUCCAAGUUCAAGGACUCCGACGCUCCCGUUUGAUCUGGGGAUUUGCAAGGGAAUCAAUUA